AUGAGGAGUUUUAUUGUAGAAAAGAAACAUAAGAUAGGCGACAUUAAAUAUGAUCACUUCGGUACUCAAGUUACAAAUACAAAAACAGAAUAUUGCUGCAGAGGAUUAAUAGUGACAAGCUGUUUCCUGUUUGUGUGCGCGAGUGCAGUAAUUUGUGUAGCUUUGUAUCAACAUGGAAUGUGGGGGAAUAGUGAUAUUAGUGAUAUCAGUGGAAGCCUGCGGAGUACAGUUGCAGAAAGAGUAAUAUCAUGUUACUAUAACAUGCCUAGCGAGCAUGCAACUGAUGAAUUGAUGCCAUCUGGUAUUAAUCCAAAUUUGUGUACACACAUUAACUUAGCUUUUGCUCAGGUAGUCAGUAAUGAGAUAAGACUCGAGCCCCAUCAGUAUCGUACAAUUACGGAAAUGGUUAAACUCAAGCAUACAAAUCCAGACUUAAAAAUUCUAGUGUCAGUUGGAGGCGCUGGAACUGAUAAAGGUUUUCCUGAUAUGGUAUUAAAUCACAAAUCAAGAAAGACUUUUAUUAAGUCAGUGAAAUACUUAUUGAGAAAUCAUUCCCUGGAUGGGAUAGACUUGGAUUGGGAAUUCCCAGCAUUACAUAAUGCAUUAGGUGGUGGUCGUGAGCGACAACAUUUCUCACAAUUGCUUCGGGAAAUUCGUAUGGAAUACAUUAGAGAGAAACGGGAUUAUAUUUUAACCGUAGCGGCUGCAGCUCCUCAGGCAAUUGUUGAUGUGUCCUAUGAUGUCGACCAAUUGAAUCUGUAUGUUGAUUAUGUAAAUAUCAUGACAUAUGAUUUCCACUCCUUCACCAAAUAUACUCCAUUCACUGGGCUGAACUCUCCCCUGUACCAGCGGAGCACAGAACAGCUGUAUUUGGCCACAUUGAAUAUAAACUACACCAUACACCUGUACUUGGACAAGGGACUAGAUCGUAACAAAAUAAUUGUAGGCGUACCUACUUAUGGUCAUACAUUCUCUUUGGUCAAUGUUGAUAACCACCAAGUAAACAGCCCUGCAUCUGGCUUUGGAUCCCUUGGCUCUUUAGGGUUUAUUAAUUUUCCAGAUGUGUGUGCUUUUGUGACCAACACUGAGAAUGUCACAAUUACUAGAGACAAUGAGGCCAAGGUCUCUUACUUAUAUAAAAACAAAGAAUGGGUAUCUUAUGAGGACCCUCAGAGUGUUAUGGAGAAAGCAAAGUUUAUAAUUGAGAAUAAAUUAGGGGGAGCCAUGAUAUAUUCACUGAAUGCUGAUGACUACAAGGGAGAGUGUCGCGGUGCACUGGCACGCGCAGGCGUCGCUGGCUUCCCGCUAGCUAAGAUAGUGAGCAAAACAUUGAAGAGUCAUAUUAGUAGCUCUGAGCAAAAUAUGUCUUUAGUUCAGCGGCGCGGCGAUUAA